AAAGAAAUAAGUAUUUGGUGCGCCUUGAAGAACAAAUGUUCAGAACAGAUUCGGAAGACCUGCAGCGGCAAGAAACUCUAGACACACUGUCAAAAGCUAUUUGAUCUGGCAUUUCACUUGUUUCGCUAAUUUUUCUAUAAGAGAGAAUGUCAUUUUGCAAAAUGAAGCACCUACAAAUUUGAAUAUUCUAGAUACUAGCUUUUAUUGACAGUUGAUAAUAUUUACAGCUUUUUUAUAGUAUUUUUUAAUUCAAAUAUUUGAUAAAAAUAUUAUAUAUUAAUUAGGUUUGUGGUGAGCACAAGCCUUGUCCAUCUAAUAUAUAGAUAAAUAAAGAUAGACAGGGAGAUAUAUAUAUCCAUCGCCACGUGUUGGUUCUCGUUUCUCUAUCGGUCAAAGCCGUAGCAAUUAAGAAAAAUCCCAAGCCCUUCGUAUAAAAUUAAAUCAACCGUCGUUUACCCUUCACCAUCACCAUCUCUCUCUCUAUCUUCACCAAAAAUGGCUUCACCAGCAGUCCUUCCAAUCAAUAACACUGACACCGCCCAACAAAUCGGGCCAACCCCCGCAUUCCGUUCAUUCAUCAACCACAUUUCCACCACCGUCCAAACCGGUUUCGCCAAUCGCCGUCCGUGGUCCGAACUCUUCGACAGAUCCGCUUUCUCUAAACCCGAAUCUUUCUCCGACGCCACUCUCCGUAUCCAAAAAAACUACUCCUAUUUCCGCAUCAAUUACCUUUCUCUCCUCGCUGCUGUUCUCGCAUUUUCUCUCAUAACAAACCCUGUUUCCCUUCUUACACUUUCCGCUCUCCUCGCUGCUUGGCUCUUUCUUUACCUUUUCCGCCCUUCAGAUCCUCCGUUGGUUCUAUUCGGUCGUCAGUUUUCUGAAAGGGAAACGCUAGGUGUGCUUAUUGUGUCCACUGUUGCUGUGAUCUUUGUUACCUCCGUUGGUGCUGUGCUUGUUUCUGCAUUGAUGGUUGGUCUUGGGAUUGUGUGUACGCAUUCUGCUUUUAGGGCACCUGAGGAUCUUUUCCUUGAUGAUCAAGAGUCUCCUGCUACUGGAUUUCUCUCUUUCUUGGGCGGCGGUGCCACCAAUGCUGCCGCCAUUGCUGUAGCCCCUGCUGUUGCUGCUAGGGUUUGAUGAGGAUGAGAUGGGAUAAUUUUACUGUAGUUUUAUAUCAUUUUGUGAAUGUUUUAAUAGAUGAACUCAUAGAAGGAUGACGGAAAUGAGACAAGAAUAAUGAUGUAUGUAGAAGACUUACUUAGAUUUUUCCGUUUCUUUAAGAUUCUGAACUUGUAAAUUGUAUUUUGGAUCCUACCAAUUUGGAAGUUUAGUUACUUUAAUUGGUUGUAGAAAAUGAGUGAUUUGCACCUGAAAUCUGAUAAAUUGAUUGUUUGAUUUCUGUUUAA